UAAUUGUGUUUUUAAAUGUAAAUUUCACGUGGUAAUUACGUUAUGGUCACCGAUAAACUGUAUAGCCGUACUUAACACACAGGACACUGCACUGUGAACCAAAAGUCCCCCCACCUCCAAAAGGAUCCAUCGAUGCCUGGGUCUGACUCAGAGGUCUAACUGGGUAAAAUCACUGCCUCCUUCAUGUCAGUUCCAGGAAGAGGUAAAUCGCGAUAUACUAUCUUCGGUGGUCUGCCUCUGCCAGUACCCUAUGUGACUGCACUUUUGUCCUGAUCUUUAUUGAACUGUUUUUCUUUAAUUAAACCUUGAAACAAAAGUCACUACUUUGACCGAAUAUUUGGAUAGCUGUUUCCAGGCGAACGUACAACAAACCCAGCGUUCUACUUCCUUCCUUGUAGGCAAACGGGUCUCGUUUAGAUCUCAGUCGUGAUACGGUAUUUCUAACAACAGCACCGCACGAUGUGAAAGUAGGCUACUCAUUGCUAGUGGCUCAUUCGAAUUAAAAAUGCAUUUUAAUAUUUUAAUUAUGCAAAGUUAACAAUGUAACAGUUGAAAUUGAUCAUAUCGCACAAUAUGCUUUAUAUUGUAAAAUACUGUGAAAUAAGGACCAGCUACACCGUCCGUCUGCGUCGCCUUCGACUCUGUCAAUGAAGAGCUAUCUUCUCGGACGAAAGCGGGCUAAUAAGAUUCUAAGCGGGAGGGCAGAGCCGCGCGCGAGACCCAGAAAGCAGGAACACACAGUCGCUUGAAGUGGCGAGAGAGCCGCAUAACCGAUGUGCUAUAACAGCUAGAGGUAUUAAUAGCAGGACGUGUACAGAGCACCGAACCUUGACCACAUGAAACUGACAUCAACCCACCUUCCUCGUAGCUACGUCGGUGUCCCUGACAGCAAGCGCACACUUGGAGCACGCUAAAUUAUGUCUAAGGGACAUCAGUGUUGUGUUUCUAAAUGCCUUUCUGUGCCUUGGCAUCGCGACUGUGCCACUGCAUUGUUCGCUCUUGUAGCCGGAUUACGGUUUUACUCUGAGAAACUUGAACACACGGAGAGAUAGCUACAUUUUCCUUGUCGUUCGUCUGGACAUUUCAUCAUGGAAGUAAAAGAAGAGAAAGCGAAAAAACAACCAACUAAAGCCAAAACAAAACGCAGAGAAAACAAACAGAAACCGAGGAAGCUUUUCCGAAGGAAAUCGCUGAAGUCGAUGGGAAGUCUUGUGAAUAAGAUUUUUAAAACUUUUGGCACUUUGACUCACUUCAAAGACGUCGACCUGCCUGACGCCGAAGAUGACGACGGCGGAUUCCGAGACAGCACACCUUGCAAGUUCACUGCCAGCUCAGGAAAUCUCAAAGGGGAUAUACAGGUUGCCAGGGAUCGCAUAAUAAAAAAGAGUCUCACACUGUCUUCCCACGGAUCUAUUAAAGAAAGACUGCCUUGUUGCUAUGGGGAAAAAACCCCGGGGGUUCUCGGCUUGAAAAACCAUGGCAACACCUGUUUCAUGAAUGCAGUGAUCCAGUGCCUGAGCAAUACGGAUCUUUUUGCGGAAUAUCUUGGUCUGGAGCUAUACAAAUCAGAUUUCAUUAAGAGGGCUAACGGGAUUUUAAGUGAAGACGCGCAAUACGUUAGGGGGGAAGUGACGGAGCAGCUCGCCUCCUUGGUGAGGGCUCUUUGGACGCUGGAGUACACGCCGCAGCUGUCAGUAGAGUUCAAGAACACUGUGUCCAAAUGCAGCGCUCAGUUCCGGGGGAACUCGCAGCAGGACGCUCUGGAGUUCCUGCUGUGGCUCCUGGAUCGCGUGCACGAGGACGUCAACUCCUCCCCCAGGGGGCGCCAUCGCAAGACCAAAGCAUCCGCCGCGGAGGCUGCUGGAGGAGAGGAGACCCCCUCCCUGGGUUCCGCGUGUCCCCCCCAGCCCAGCGCCCCGGGGGGGCCCUACAGCUUUGUGCAGGAGCACUUCCAGGCCCAGUACAAGUCCUCCCUCACCUGCCCUCACUGCCUUAAGCAAAGCAACACCUUCGACCCCUUCCUCUGCAUCUCCCUGCCCAUCCCACUGCGCCAGACCAGGCACGUGACGGUGACCCUGGUCUUCAGCACCAGGACCCAGCGGUACCUGCGGGUGGGGCUGGCCGUCCCCCUGCUGGGGUCCCUGGCCUGCCUGCGGAGGAUGGUGGCUGACGAGGGAAAAAUCUCUCCGGAGCAGGUGAUCCUGACUGAGAUCUACCCCACAGGGUUCCAGAGGUCCUUCUUCGACGAGGACGACCUGAGCAGCAUCGCGGAGAGCGAUGUCAUCUACGCCUUCCAGGCCCCGCCCCUCUACGGGAGGGCCGGCCCCACACAAUUCUCAGGGAACCAUCACAGCCUGCCCUCCUCCCCCUACUCCUCUGGGUCCGAAGGUCAGAGGUUACCCCCCUCAGGUGCUCUCUCCUCCGAGUUCCUGAAUCGCGGGGGGUCAGCCAAGACCCUGCUCCUCGUCUGCAACACCGCAGGGGCGGGGCAACAGGCCGUCCGGUUCGGUCCUCCCUUCCUCAUGCGCGAGGACAGGAGCGCCCCCUGGCACCAGCUGCAGCAGAGCAUUCUGGGAAAACUGAGCUACCUGAUGCUCAACGGGGGGCUAGUACAGAACGCAGGAGCGCUCUUUAAGAUUCGUGUGGUGGGAGGAUCGGCGACGUGCAGCUACUUGUCCCCUCAGGAUGGACGGCCGCUCUACCACUCCGCUGUGGACAGAGCCCUGAAGUUCUGCAGACCUGGGGGACCCCCGCAUGUGAAGCUCAUCGUGGAGUGGGACCCCAAGAUCAAAGAACGUGUGUUUGGGAACCUGCAGGAGGAGCUGGUUCAGGAUGCAGACAGUGUGAGGUCACAGCAGGAGCAGCAGCUGCAGCAGCACAGCUGUACGCUGGACGAGUGCUUCCAGCUCUACACCAAAGAGGAGCAGCUGGCGCCAGACGACGCCUGGAAGUGCCCGCACUGCCAGCAGCUGCAGCAGGGCCGGGUGAAGAUGAACCUGUGGACGCUGCCCGACAUCCUCAUCCUCCACCUGAAGCGCUUCCGGCAGGUGGGCGAGCGCCGGCACAAGCUCUGCACGCUGGUGCGCUUCCCGCUGGCCGGCCUGGACAUGGGGCCCCACGCCGUCCACAGGGGCCCCUGGCCCCCCGCCGCCGCCGCCGCCGCCGCCCCACCCGGGCCUGGGGCCGGCCCGCCCCCCGACUGCCUGUACGACUUGUACGCGGUGUGCAACCACCACGGAGGCAUGCACGGCGGGCACUACACAGCGUACUGCAGGAACUCUGUAGACGGGCAAUGGUACUGCUAUGAUGACAGCAAUGUGGACCUCCUGCCAGAGGGGGAGAUAUGCACCAGGGGGGCUUACAUCCUCUUCUACCAGAAAUGCAACACCAUCCCGCCGUGGUCUGCCAGCUGUUCCAACAGAGGCUCCACCAGCUCCUCUGCGUCUGAUCACUGGCUGGUUCGGCUCACGGGGAGCAGCAAGCGGGGCAGUCUGGCCUCCCGGACAUCUAGUGCCUGCCCCGCCCCCACGCUCCCCUCGCAAGAGUCCCCCGUCUUCCAGCAUGACCCCCCCGAGCCAGAGAGGGGAGGGUUCGAGAGCAGGCCGCUGGUUCGAGGUGUCCAGAGCUGGAGUGUGAGCAUGGGAACGCCCACCAAGAGCAAAGCCCCGCCCCCACGACCAUCGCUGAGACCCAGAGACCGGCACAGGUCCGCCCCCGACUUCGCCCCUGUCCCGCCCCUCGCCUCCGGGGAGCUAGUGGAGUACCUGGAGUCAGGGCGACGCCCACGCUGCACCAAGGACUCCAUCAUCCCGCUGAUGACCAGCCCCCCUGAGGAGGUGCCGCAGCACCCCCGUCCGCCUGGUGGGGGCCCCCUGGGUUCCGCCAGAGUGCCCACGGGGCAGUGCGGGCCCCCCGUGGAGAGGGGGAGCGGCCUUAAGCUCGACACUGCCCUCUCCUGGAGGGGCUCUGAAAGGACAGAGCAGGACCGGUUCACCACCAAGGGCUUCUGGGAUGGGGGGAGGGAUUUUGGGAGUGGGGACCGGCUUGGCUCCGCCCCCACUGGCCCCUCUUCCUGGGAUUCCGAACUGAAAAGGGAGUGGGCGAACUCCAGGGCAGGAGGGGGGGAGACGGGGCGGGAGAAGGGGGGCCAUGACGGCCUCCUGUCCUUCCUCCGGCCGGUCUUCCUCAAACGGGACGGCCAGAGACGGGCCCCCGGGGGCGAGGGGGCACACGGGAGCCCGACGCGGCCGUCCCGCUCCAGCGGGGCGCUGACGGGGGGUCCUGCCGAGGGGAAGCUCAACGGCGCCCCCGCAGGCAGGGGGAGGCGCUGCGAGGAGCUGGCGAACGGUGGCGCGGGGCGGGGCAUCGCCCACAUCCGCCGCUCCCAGAGCUCCUCCAACAUCCACGGCAGGCUGCAUGGCAGCGCCCCCCCGCACAGGAAGGACCCGGCGGCCGUGCCCCCCCAGAACCCCGCCCACGCCCCCCUGCUCAGACCCUGCCACAGCACCACCUCCCUGGGCAAAGGCAGGCCUGUCUCUGAAUCCCAGCUCUGAGAGGGAAACCGUCUGCUGGGUCAGUAGUGUGCCCUACAGCCCUACAGCCCUACUGUCCUACAGCCCUACAGCCCUACAGCCCUACAGCUCUACAGCCCUAUAGCUCUUCAGCUCUACAGCCCUACAGCUCUACAGCCCUAUAGCUCUUCAGCCCUACAGCCCUACAGCUCUACAGCCCUAUAGCUCUUCAGCCCUACAGCCCUACAGCUCUACAGCCCUACAGCCCUACAGCCCUACAGCCCUACAGCCCUACAGCCCUACUGUCCUACAGCCCUACAGCUCUACAGCCCUACAGCCCUACAGCCCUACAGCCCUACAGCUCUACAGCCCUACUGUCCUACAGCUCUACAGCCCUACUGUCCUACACCCCUAAAGCCCUACAGCUCUACAGCCCUACAGCCCUACAGCCCUACAGCUCUACAGCCCUACAGCCCUACACCCCUACAGCUCUACAGCCCUACUGUCCUACAGCCCUACAGCUCUACAGCCCUACAGCCCUACAGCCCUACAGCUCUACAGCCCUACUGUCCUACAGCUCUACAGCCCUACAGUCCUACACCCCUAAAGCCCUACAGCUCUACAGCCCUACAGCCCUACAGCCCUACAGCCCUACAGCCCUACCACCCUACCACCCUACACCCCUACAGCUCUACAGCCCUACCGCUCUACAGCCCUACAGCCCUACCACCCUACACCCCUAAAGCCCUACAGCUCUACAGCCCUACAGCCCUACUAUCCUACAGCCCUACUGACCCCUACAGUCCUACUGACCUACAGCUCUACAGCUCUUCAGCCCUACAGCCCUACUGACCCCUACAGCCCUACUGUCCUACACCCCUAAAGCCCUACAGCUCUACAGCCCUACAGCUCUACAGCCCUACAGCCCUACUAUCCUACAGCCCUACUGACCCCUACAGUCCUACUGACCUACAGCUCUACAGCUCUUCAGCCCUACAGCCCUACUGACCCCUACAGUCCUACUGACCUACAGUCCUACAGCUCCUCAGCCCUUCAGCUGCUGGGGGAAGAUUCCACCAAGCCAAGGGGGUCCGGGUGUCUGAGACGCUUAUCUGAUAAGGGUGUCCGAGAAGCUUGUCCAAGGAGGAUGUUCAAGAACCUUACCCAAGGAGGGAUGUCAUGGGUGCUGGGUUCUGCUCUGGCCCACCAUAAAAAGACCUGGUUCAGCUAAAAUCAUGCAAUCGGUCUUCAAUCAAGACUUCAGUCUUCAAUCAAGACCUUGAUUUUGUGAAUCAGGCAUUCAAUCAACUUGACAUAUUCAAUGAAUAUUUUUUCAUUACAGUUAAGUGCCUCUGUAAAUGAUAUACAGUCGACAGUAAUGAAUUUCGUGUUUUUUUUUUUUGUUUUUUUUUUAAACCCUGGAGGUGUGCCAUACUCAUUUACUGACAGACACUCAGCACUGUGCUCACCUGAGGCCACAGGGUGCAGCCUAUUUCACCAGAUAAACAUAAGCUGCAACAGGAACAGAGACUUUACAUUACAUUACUUUUACUAGGCAGAGGCUUUUAUCCAAAGCAGCAUACAAUAAGUGCACUGGAACAGCUGCAGAACACAGGUCCGAUAAAGGUGCAAUACUCAUUUUGUGCAGUUAUUCAUAUCCAUGAACACAUUGAGUCCAGUUCACACAGUAAACAUUACUCUCUGACCUAACCUAUGCUAAGUCAAACUAGGAGGCAUGACAUGCUACAACAUCAAGAUAGUGAUGCAAAGUACAAUAUAUAAUGUUGGUGCUGGACGGAGGUACAUGUAACAUGAAAGUGGCAUAGGAGUUGCAUGAAACUUAAGACAAUUUCAUCUCAAACAUCACAAGACGGUUAUUUUUAAGGGUUGAGCAGAAAGAGGUACAGAAGAGCUAACUCUAGGACCAGUCACAUGACCUAACAGGCUGCAACCGGGCGGCCAUGUUGAGAAUCUCUGAAUGCUGUGAUAAUGUGAACUUUAAAAAUAUCCAGCUCUCCUGUUUUCACACACAGGUAGGGCGGUUCAGUCCGCCUGCUUUGUAGUUUAUCUGUUAGCCAGUCGAAUUAACAGAGGGUUGUUUGUUGUUUACACGCUAGUCACUAAAUUCAGUGACUGCCAACAUUUCAUAAAGCAGCCUGCGUAGAACAGAAAUUUAAUGGAACAAAUCUUAAAAUGGAUUGAAUGCCUUCCUUAGUUUUUCAAACAGACAAGCAACGUGCAAUUUAAAAAUUCUAUGCAGAUAAAUAUGCAGUACAAACAGAACUGGAGACGCAGCGAAUGUUGUGUUCUGUAUUGUUUUGUCCGCACUGCUGGAUCAGUUUUAUACGUCUUAAUCGUGCAAACGUUCUGUAGAUUGGGAACACUCUAUCUAUUGAAUCAGCACAUUAAGAGGUAUCUGUAGGUUGUGGAAUGAUUGUCUGUUUACGAUACAAAAUAUCUGUUAAUCUGUCAUGACUUUUUUACUUUAUGUUGAAUGCAGUAUUGUAUGUUGUGAACCCACUGACCAUUUUCCAUUCUCUUCAAAGACAGCAGCACCAAUGACUGACAUUGGCCUACUCUGUGCUAUUCAAAACGAGCCGUUCUCCAUGGCAGCAUUACAAUAAUUAUUACAAGUAUAUAAUUAAAAUGGAUGUGUUGCAAAGAACUCAAUAGUUUAAUUAUGCACUUACAAUAAUUAUUAUAAAUGUGGCUGUCGAGAAGGGCUAAUUUUGAAUUAUGCCAGGCUGCCAAAUGUAAAUGAUUUAUGCUGUUGUCUUUAGAGAGGCUGACGAAAUGCUAGCUUUUUAUAUAUCUUAAUGCAUAUAUUAUGAUGCCGUGCACAACGUCAAAGAACACCUGGAAUAAAACUGUGUACAGGUACAAUCGACAGCUCCGUCACCUGUCAAUCCAGACUUCCCCCGGACUUUGAGUUCAGCUCUGAGACUUCUUCGAUUCCCUGACUGCUUUGUGGACGGUCUGGCCGACCUGCUUCUGAGAGCUGAUGAAGAUGAAGAUGAAGAUGUGACCUGACGUUGUGAGCAGGUGUUUGAGGGGGAUGUGCGUUCCACAGGGGAAAGGAGCACACGUAAAUCUGAGCGUGGCACACUGCACAUACCAGAUAAUGAAUAUCCAAAUCAGCAAUUCUGUCGGUAGGAAAAACAAUCUCAUUUGAAGUAAUUAAAAUCAUUAAUUUACUGAUCUGAAACACAAUCGAAUUUAGCUAUUUAUUUUUAUCAAUUUUUUUUAUUUUCUUAUUUAGAAAUAUAGUUGCAGGCCUGUCAUAUAAUAUGGAGCUUUUGUAAAAUAUGUAUGAAGGUCAGAACAUUGAAAACCAGAUGAGCACAGACCACGCAUGUAGGUUUCCUGCUUUAUUAAGAUUUAUAAGAAAUAUAUGAUAAACCGGAUGCUGGAUUCACUGAUUAGACAAUGCGGUGGUGUGUCCUUGACAUUUGUCAUUUGUCGCUAAAUUAAAAUGACUUUGUCCUUAUUAAAGAGUCAAACCACAAAAGAGUUUGGGAACUUGCAUACCUACAGGGACUGUAUGUGUGUGGACACAAUCCAAGCACUAUUUGCUUCUCCUUGUGAAAAAGUGCUGUUGUAGAUUUUUGUUUUGAACGGUACUUUUUUAUGAAGCACUGUUAUAGAACAUCUGCGUUGGUCCUGUUGGCUAAUCCCUGGUGGAAAUUCCAACUUGGUUCCAGCCUGGUUUUAAGCUGGUCCAGCUUGUUUGAAGCUGGUUUGGAGAUGGUCAAGCUGGCAACAAGAUGAUUGAAAUAGCAACCGUGUUGGCAAUAUCCAGCUGUGGUGGGCCAGGUUCAUACAUGCAACAGACCAUCACCAAAUUCCAGACAGCAUUCAGGUGGAGCAUAAGCUGGUUCCAGUUAGAGUCCAUCUUUAGCUACUAGCUGGAAGUUCAACCAGGAUGUAACCUUCUGUGUCAAUCUUACUGAAUAAUUCCUUCUGUUAUUCAGAUUUUUUUAAAUAAAUUUUUUUUUUGCUUUUUGUUGCCUCUACAGAAAAAAAACCAUUGUGUUUUCAUCAGCUUUCUUGUCUAUGAUUUGGAUUCUGUUAAACGAGCCCAUAAGCUGAUUUCAAAUGGAAAUGUCUUCGUACGCUGCACGCAAUACAGUCUCACAAUCAGUCUCACCGCCUUUUUUGUUUACAUCUGUGUACUGUGGCGUUUACAUUUAACUGACACAAUGUUUACAAAAAUCGAACAUUGAACAUGCAGCAAAAUAUGACAGAAUGGUGUAAAAUUGUAUGUAGCUAUUGUACUUCUGCAAUAUGUGUGGCUCGAGAUGUUUUAUAUUCAAUAUUUGUAACGGUUCUACAUAUUUUGUAUCUACUUAAAUAUGUAAAUAUGUUUGAACAUGUAUGUUAAGUGGGCACUUUAAAUUCAAGGGGGUGAUUUUGCAAAAGAACCAAGGUGGUUGCACCUAACAUGGAGGCACCAACCAGCAGAAGCCAUACAAAGCUCACAUUCAGUAAGGUGAGGGUUCUCUGUCAGAGGGGUUCUAUGUCAGAGGGGUUCUGUGUCUGAGGGUGCUGUGUCAGAGCGUUCUAUGUCUGAGGGUUCUAUGCAUGUUUCUUGUGACAUUCAUGAACUUCUGAUGAUCUAUAUUGCCUCUCGUUCUACGGUGUGGACUAACAUCAUUAACGGCUUUGGUUGUAGGUUUUCAGGAGUGAGAUGGAAUGGGUCCCGGGGGGUGGUUUCAGAUGUGUGGGCACAAUAAUCAACUGCUUCGUUCUUAAACUACCACAUUCCACUGAAAAGUCAUAAAAGUUUAAUGUUUUGAGACAGUGACAAAAGCCUUUGGCAUCAAUGUUUUUUCCAUUUGCAAUCUGUCAGGAAACAAAAAAAAAAAGUUUUCUAUAUUUCUUGGAGUUUCCUUUUUUGGUCUGUUUAUUUCUUCUUUGCACAGAGCUCUUGUGCAUAAAGUCCAUUUUUAUGUUCUGUUUAAAUUUAAAGUCCAUAUUUAAUUGCCGUUUCUCUUUGAUCUUGUGAGAAAUUAUGAAUAUGACUGCGCGUCAAUAGCAUUGUCUGUCACUGUGAGUUCAGUUUGCAUUGUAGUGUAAACUUCAUUUAAAUGCAGGAUUUUAAAGGUGAUGAAAAUACACAUUUCACACACUUACCUGCCUCCACAUGCACUUGAAAAUUCUCAGUGGGCAGGAUGUUGGGUAUGUGAGUUUGGUUUGCAUUUUUUUAAUCGUGUACAUAAAUUAACCCCAGUGUCUCUGUAAAGGGAAUGAAAAUAGACCAUGAACAAGUUUAGACCAAAUGUGAAGGAUACGAAGGAAUGUGUUAUAUAUUGCACUUAAAGUGUUAUUUUUAAUACUGAGAAUAAAACUUGUGAACUUCA